GGAAGUGCGUACAGCGACGCUCUUAAUAGUACGACUGGUUCAACGCGAGACUUUCCAGCCCGAAAUCAUCGCACUUAUGGACGGUGCGAAUACAAAACAUCGACUUAAUGGACUACAAGCGUUUUGGAUCCUGACGAUGGGAUCAUACGAGUUGGAGGCAGGAUCAAGCGAGCCUUCAUACCUUACGACAGUCGACAUCAGAUGCUGUUGCCGGCUAAGCAUCCAAUCACUGAAGCUCUCGUUCGCGAACUACACAUCGACAACCUACACAUCGGGCAAAGAGGUUUGCUUGCAGUUGUACGUCAACGGUACUGGCCACUGAAUGUGAAGAAUACUAUUCGAAAGGUGAUACGGAAGUGCAUCGUGUGCUUCAAGGCAAACCCGUUGAAGACGACGCAACUGAUGGGUGACCUACCGUCGUAUCGCGUCCAGCCAGCCCCCGUCUUUUCGAAUACCGGUGUGGACUACGCCGGUCCCUUCUGGAUAAAAUCAACGACUUCUCGCAAACCGCAAAUCACCAAGGCGUACGUGUGCUUGUUUGUGUGUUUGCAGACUCGGGCGGUUCACUUGGAAUUGGUUUCAGACUUGACGACAGACGCCUUUCUAGCGAGUUUGAGACGGUUCAUCAGUCGACGUGGAUGCCCGAAAACGAUACGCUCUGACAACGCGACUAACUUUGUCGGAGCUAAAACCGAGCUACAUGAACUUUGGCGUAUGUUCGAGAACGAUUGCGCUACGAAAAGGAUCACCAACUAUUGUGUCGACAAGGGUAUUGACUGGUCGUUCAUACCACCACGAAGCCCACACUUUGGUGGCAUUUGGGAGGCUGGUGUGAAGCAGGUCAAAUACCACCUAAAACGUAUUGUUGGCGAUAGGAAGCUGUCUUACGAGGAGCUUUACACGACAUUGACCCAGAUAGAAGCAGUACUGAACUCUCGUCCCUUGGUACCGAGUUCAGAUGACCCAUCCGACUACACUGCGAUCACGCCUGCACAUUUCCUGAUCGGACGUGAGAUGCAGACGGUUCCUAAACCUGACUACUCUACCUUGAAGGAAAAUCAUCUCUCACGAUGGCAGUUAGUGCAGUCCAUGCUGCAACACUUUUGGAAACGAUGGACCGCCGAGUACCUGCCGGAGCUGCAGAAUCGAUCGAAAUGGCUGAAGCGGAAGGUGAUUAAAGUAGGAUCACUUGUGCUACUAGCUGACCAGAAUGCGCCACUACUGCAAUGGCCACUUGCCAGAAUCGUUGCCGCACACCCUGGAGAUGAUGGUACAAUUCGUGUCGUUACCGUUAAGACAGCGAAUGGAGCGGAAUUCAAGCGUGCGGUAACUGAGGUCUGUUUUCUACCGUUAGACGAGGAUGAAAAUUGAAAUGACAUUUCAACGCCGGGGAGGAUGUUGUGCGAGUUGCGCAUUGCGUUUGCUGCUUGGGCAAAUUGACAUGUGUCACAGGGAUUGGGUUGUUGCUUGGGUUUGCAUAUUUUUGUGACAGUAGAAUUCGGAGUGCGACACGCACACAUUGAAGUGAUAAUAAAUGAACUUUAGUCUUGCAUGCGACAUCAACGAA